UCAAAGCCCAACAAAAGUAUUGAUUUGCAGUAACAGUAAUAAGAGUAGGAUUAGCUUAGCGUAGAGUUCCAAUAGAUAAUAAUAGUCAUGGAUUUCACGGGCUUUGAAGUGCGCAAGUGCCCACCGACUGCUAUGUACAUUCCGAACUUCAUCACUUCCGAGGAGGAGCAGCGCAUCCUGAGCCACAUCGAGCGCACUCCGAAGCCCCGCUGGACGCAGCUGCUCAACCGCCGGCUGGUCAACUAUGGCGGAGUGCCGCAUCCCAACGGCAUGAUUGCCGAGGAGAUUCCCGAGUGGCUGCAGAGCUACGUGGACAAGGUGAACAACCUGGGGGUGUUCGAGUCGCAGAACGCCAACCACGUGCUGGUCAACGAGUAUCUGCCGGGCCAGGGCAUCCUGCCGCACACGGACGGACCGCUCUUCUUCCCCAUCAUCUCGACCAUCUCCUGUGGCGCGCACACCGUGCUGGAGUUCGCCAGGCGGGAGGACACCGCCGCGGAGCCAGAAGCUGGAGAGGAUCGGCCCCGCGAGGUCCGCUUCAAGCUGCUCCUGGAGCCGCGCAGCCUGCUCAUCCUGAAGGACACGCUGUACAGCGACUAUCUGCACGCCAUUGCCGAGACCAGCGAGGAUGUGCUCUGCGACCGCGUCUGCAACUACGAUCUGUGCGAGAACACCUACAAGAUCGGCGACCACCUGGUCCGCCGCUCGCCCCGCAUCUCCCUCACCAUCCGCAACGUGCCCAAGACCAGCAAGAUGAAGCUGAAGUUCUGCUAGGCUAGAAUAGUAGUUGGCCAUUCAAUACAGAUUGCACAGAUGUUGACUACCGCACGUUUAACAAACCCACUGAAGGAUC